CUCUCUCCUCCCUCUUCUCUCUUCUCUCUCCCCCUCUUGCUUAGUGUAAGGAAACUGGUUGGUUUGUCAGGGUGCCAACUCCUCCUGUUGCCAGGUGGCAUUUGUGACAAAAGACAGAGAUUCUGUAACCUGACUGCUAUGCUUCACAGAGCUUAGUUCAGAACCAGUUCCCCUGAAUAAGUCCAGGCACCACUGAACUCUAAUGAUGGUUUAAUCAGCCAAAGAAUCUCCAGUCACUGUUCCAUGAUUUCCCUUCUUAGAGCAUCUGAGUGCCUGCUGACCAUGGGGGACCGUGCCAGGGAGGACCAGAUCAUCGCCAUGGACUGUGAGAUGGUAGGAGUGGGACCUCUUCGGGAAAGUGGUCUGGCUCGGUGCAGUCUCGUGGACUAUCAUGGCUCAGUGGUGUAUGACAAAUACAUCAAGCCAGAAGGGGAGAUCACAGACUAUCGUUCCCAUGUAAGUGGGAUAAAACCUGAGCACAUGUUGACAGCCGUACCUUUCGCAAGUGCCAGGGAAGAGGUCUUGGAACUCCUCCGAGACAAGCUGGUGGUAGGCCAUGACCUCCGCUAUGACUUUAAGGCACUGAAGGAGGACAUGACAAAGUACAGGAUCUAUGAUACAGCCCAGGACAGGCUGCUUUGGGAGGCAGGAGGCCUGGGGGGCUGCCGACGGGUGGCCCUCAAGGUUCUGUGUGAGAGAGUCCUCAGGAGAAGAAUUCAGAACAGCAGGUUUGGACACUCCUCUGUGGAAGACGCUAGAGCUACCAUGGAACUCUAUAAAAAAUCCAGGAUAAUAAGGGCCCACUGAAAGGGGGAAUGCAGGGGAGGAUGGCCUAGACACAGCUGCCCUGCAGUUCAAAGGCCCAUCUCAAGAGGAUGAGUGGAAGCUGCAAACCUUCAAGGAAACCUUCUUCCCUUUAGAAACAAUAUCUCCCAAAGCCUUUCACUUUCUUGCUUUGUAUUACGAUAAUAAAAUGGAUCUCUAUUUUCUCUA